AUGGAUUAUGAAACGCCAUCUACUUCGCAUGUAGAUAAUCAGUCACCCGUAGAUGACAUUGUGCAGAAUACAGAUUUAAAUAUUCCAGAAUGCCCAAUAGAACUUAAACCAUAUGUUGGUCGUAGCUUCCCUACUUUGGACAACACAAUUGAGUUAUACGAGAACUAUGGGCGACGCGUCGGAUUUGAUACAAGGAAGAACGGUUCAAAGAAGGUUGAUGAUAUCACCUUAUGGUUUUACAUGGUGUGUAAUAGAGAGGAUCGUGGUUACGUAAUUCAACACUUUAAAGAAGAACACAACCAUCCCAUGGUUGAUGUACAACACCACAAGUUCAUGAGGCUAAAUCGUCAACUUGAACCAGUUCAUCAAAAAUUUAUUUCAGAUUGUGCUGGAGCUAAUAUCGGGCCAUCUCUAACUUUCAAGCUGCUUACUGAGUUGAUGGGCGGUUAUGAGUCUGUUGGUUGUACUGUGUUGGACAUUCGCAACUAUACACGGGAUAUCAGAAGAUACGCUGAAGGAUGUGACGCCCAAAUGAUCAUAGAUGAGUUGAAGAAGAAGAAGGAAAAUUGUGAUGCCUUCACGUACGAGUAUGAAGUUGAUUCCCGGAGUCGUUUGAAUCAUUUGUUUUGGUGCGAUCCUAUUGCCAAGAUGAAUUUCUUGCAAUUUGGUGACAUUGUUUCUUUCGAUACUACGUACUCAACUAACAGAUGGUGUAUGUGGCACAUCAUGGCAAAGGUAGCUGAAAAGGUUCCUAAGUCACUUCUUGGAAAUAAUGAUUUUAAAAAGGAUUUGAAUUCAUGCGUUUGGUCUGAGUUGAUUGAACCUACUGAGUUUGAAGACAGGUGGAAGAAUGUGAUGGAGACUUAUGAUCUUGUUGGCUCUGAAUGGUUUGUUUCUAUGUUCGAAUCAAGAAGGUAUUGGGUUCCAGCCUACUUUAGGGACUUUCCUAAUAUUGAUGCCCAAAGAAACUACUCUGCAAAGCUGGAUUAUAUGGAUUAUAAUACAACUGCAAAGUUGAAGACAGAAUGGUCGAUUGAGAAGCAUGCAUCCACGAUAUUUACUGAUGGUGCGUUCAAGGAAAUUCAAGAACAGAUCAUGGAGGCUUAUAACCACUGUAGUCUGGUUUCGAUAUCUAAUGAUUCAAGUAUAGAGGUUUAUAAGGUUUUAGAUCAUUUUUCAAACACAUGGUCGGUCACAUUAUCUGUGGAGGAUUCUGUUUGUGUAUGUGGUUGUAAGAUGUUUUUGAGGACUGCUCUUGUAUGUUGCCACAUCUUCCUGGUGUUGAAGAACAAAAAAUAUCGAUUGAUUCCGGAGUAUCUGAUUGGAGGUCGAUGGUUGAAAUCUUCUUUGCUUAAGGCUGUGCAUGGCGUCCAAAACUCAGAUGUUGCAACUCAUGUUUAUGUUGAUGAGAAGAAGAAGGCUCAAGCAAUUUUGUUGGGAGAGAUGUUGGGUCUUUACCAAGCGGUGUGUGUUGAUAUUGAUCAAAUCCAUGAGUUGACAUCGAUAGUGCGUGAAGCUCGACAACAAAUUUUUGCCGACGGGGUUGUAACGUCUACAGCACAGAAGAAGAAAAUAAUGGAGGAAUUUUAUGGGGCUGAGGCACCUCAGGAAGUGGAUGUUCAACCACCUGAAGUUGUCAGCACCAAGGGAUCUGGUAGUAGACUCCCUUCAAGAGUCGAGAAGGCUUUGAAGCUUAAGAACAAGGCUAUGCGUCAAUGCAAGAAAUGUCAGGAGUGGGGUCACCACGAUUCUAGGAAUUGCGACAAAUUUAAAGAGAAAGAAAAGAUGCGGUCCAGAAGAAAUUCUGAUGUUUGA